CCUACCUACCUGCCCUUUUACUGUGAAGGACACCAAGGAGGGCAUUAUUACACUUUGUGGGCCUAUAGAAGGAUUGUGUAGAGGAGGGCACUGAAUAUAUGCAGAGUCUGACAUGUUUUUCCUGCAGAUGUUAAGAGAUCCACAUGGCGGUCUUAUCCGGACGGAGAAGAAAAGGAAAGAGGACGCCGAUGAUCAGAAAAUACGUCAUUAUGCUGAAGAGGAGCUGGCGAAUCCGGAAAGGAGGGCGGCCGGUGAGGCGGUCAUUCGUCGGCGGGAGCCUGGAGCGGAUUUGGCGGGACCUUCAACAGCGCUGGACGACAGGAGUGCGGCCGGCGGUUCCAGGGAGAGGACGCCCAGGCCUGCGGCUGCUGGGGCAUCGGCUUCGGGUCAGCCUGGUCGUGAUCCGUGCUUGGUGUGGAUUUUUGGUCACUCCUAUGUUCGGAGGGGGGCGAUCCGGGCUGCGGUGAGACGGGACGGGAGGCAGCUGGGUUUUUCGAGGGACCUGGCGGUGUUGCGGUGGAUUGGAAUUGGUGGCAUGCUGUGGUGCGGGGUGCUCCCUGAGGUACAGUUCAACGCUUCUUUGGACCGCCACCCGGACAUCUUGGUGGUGCAUGCUGGGGGCAAUGAUUUGGGCCUUCGAUCGUCACGGGAGUUAAUUAGAGACAUUAAGCUUGACAUUCUGAGGCUAAAAUCUACCUUUCCAGGUUUGUUGUUCGUUUGGUCUGACAUGGUGGCUCGGCGGGUGUGGCGGCACGCCAGGUCGGUGGAUCGCUUGAAUAAGGCUCGGGUCAAGCUCAACAAAGAGGUGGGGCGUUUUGUUCGUAGGAAUGGGGGGAUAGUGGUGAGGCACACUGAUCUGGAGGGGGAGCCUUGGGAAUUCUUGGAUCCUGAUGGUAUUCAUUUAAAUGACAUUGGAAUGGAUUUGUGGGCGUUGGCCUUGCAAGGGGGUAUUGAGCUGGCGUUGCGUGUGUGGCGGGAUGAAGGUCAGUGA